AUGGUUCGAGGAGAUUCACUUGCUGAAGACUUAAAAUCAUUGGUCAAUAACUCCAAGUACAGUGACUUGGAAAUAAGAUGUGAAGAUGGGAUUUUGUAUGGCAACCGUGCAAUUUUGGCUGCUCGUUCUGAUGUUCUCGAACCAUUAUUAUACAAUAACAUGAGUGAAACUCACAAAAGAGAAAUCUCGUUUCCAAAAAUCAAAGCCUCGGUUAUGAAGGUUAUUCUAGAAUAUCUAUAUACCGAGCUAGUUCCUGAAAGUAACUUAUCAAUGGAUAAUGCGCUGGGUGUUUUUCAAGCGGCAGACUAUCUUCAAUUAAAUGGUCUUAAGGAACUCGUUUUAUGUUUCUAUAAGCAUACCUGUUUGUUGGAGGGGAACGCUCCCGAAUUAUUAUCCAAGGUGGUUCAACACAUUUCUCCAUUAGUUGAUAAUGAAAUUAUAAACUUCUUGGUUGAAUCUAUCGCCAAAAUUCCCUUGGAUGCUAUUGAAUUUGAUCAACUAUCUUUCAAAGCAUUUCAACGCUUACUCUCUAUGACACAUGACGGAAAGAUGAUGUUUGUCACCAAUGAGUAUUCUGUCUUACGAUUUGCAAUUUUGUUAGCGGCCAAAGAAACUUCACAAAAAGCCUUUGAUACUUUUGAAGUUAGAUUACCAACGUGGGAUAAAAUCAUGGAUGGACUUUAUGUUAAUAACUUUGAAUCUUCAGAUAUUUCAGAUGACAUUUCCGGUCCCAUUUCCCAAAAGUUAGAAUCCCUUAUCGAAUUUAUUGAUCUUCGACGCAUUAAUGGGAAAAUUAUUACCAAUAUUAUUGAACCUUUAAAUUUAAUCACGCAAGAAAACAUUAUGAAUGCUUUUCGUUCUCAUAUUCGUGAAGAAAUUCAUUCAUCUUUUCGUGGGAUUCAGUAUCUUCCGAAAGAAAUCAAAUGGGAUGAAAACGGUUGUGGUUCAAAUUUAGUUAUCACUGAUGGAUAUACCGUAUCUUCUACGAGAAAAGGUUAUCAAAGUGUCAGAACGAAUUAUUUAAUGAGCGGAGGGAUUCACGAACUUUGCAUUAAAAUCGAAGAAUUUGGCGGCGACAUAGGAAUUGGUGUAUGCAGCGAAGGUUUAAAUUACAUGGACUGGGCAGGACAUCAGGCACACGGUUGGAUUUUAAUUUCUUCUGGUGGUACCGGUCAUAACGAAUUUAGUAGAAGGUGUCCAGAUAUCGCACAACCAUUUAAUUGUCCUGGCUCCGAGGUUACCGUGCAUUUGAAUAUGGAUAAAAAGACUUGCGCAUUUUCUAUCAAUGGAAAAAGAUAUCCACCUAUACCUGAAUGGAAUGACCUUCCACCAAGGCUUUAUUUUGUUGCGUCUCUUUCCAGUAGAGGCCGAUUAAAAAUUAUGUCGUGA